AUGUUCUCGCGUCUCGGUGGACUUCUAACCGGGUUAUCGAGUACAAUAAGCCACUCGAUUCGAGCGACGACUCAAAUUGUUCCAGCCACUCCGAUCACCACACAAUUCGCCACGUUUUCCACGAGUUUUCCGGCAUGGCGGAAUAAUUUCUUGCAGUUCAUCCACUACCGAAACGGACCACCAAAACGACGUGCUCGCAGUAAGGACAAGUCGCCAAUCAGUGGAUACAGUCAUUUCAAAGGAAUCGUACUGAAAACUGUCAUUCGACACCCGAAAAAGCCGAAUUCCGGUAAUCGAAAGUGUGCGAUUGUGAGAUUGUCGACUGGAGCGGAAGUUUGUGCGUAUAUUCCGAAUGUUGGACACAAUUUGCAGGAGCAUUCACAGGUACUGGUAAAAGGAGGACGCCGACGUGAUCUUAUCUCAGUCAAAGCCAACAUUGUGAGAGGAAAAUUCGAUUGUGCGCCAGCGGGAGGUGCCAGGAAAUGA